CUUCCCCCGGCGUCCAGACUCCAGUCGUCCCAGGGCGUUCUCAACGAGUGGUCCAAGCUCCCCUGACCGUUCAGUUCUCAGCGAGCCGAGCCGCAACGAACACCAGCCAAGAUGGAGGCCAUCAAGAAGAAGAUGCAGGCGAUGAAGCUGGAGAAGGAUAAUGCGGUCGACAGGGCAGAGACCGCGGAAGGGCAGUCCAGGGAGGCCGCUCUGCGCGCCGAGAAGGCUGAAGAGGAGGUGCGCAGCCUUCAGAAGAAGAUCCAGCAGAUCGAGAAUGAGCUGGACCAGGUGCAGGAGCAGCUGUCCCAGGCCAACAGCAAGCUGGAGGAGAAGGACAAGGCUCUGCAGGCCGCUGAGGCUGAGGUUGCUGCCCACAACCGACGCAUCCAGCUGCUGGAGGAGGACCUGGAACGCUCUGAGGAACGACUCAAGAUUGCCACCCAGAAACUGGAAGAGGCCUCCCAGGCGGCUGACGAAAGCGAACGCAUCCGCAAGGCACUGGAGAACCGCACCAACAUGGAAGAUGACCGGAUCACACUGCUUGAGAACCAGCUGGGCCAGGCACGCCUCAUAGCUGAGGAGUCUGACAAAAAAUAUGAAGAGAUGGCACGCCGCAUCGCCCUUUUGGAGGCUGACCUGGAAAGGGCCGAGGAGAGGGCCUCCACGGGCGAGAGCAAAAUUGUGGAACUUGAGGAGGAGCUGCGUGUCGUCGGCAACAACCUGAAGUCCCUGGAAGUGAGCGAAGAGAAGGCCCAGCAGCGUGAGGAGUCGUAUGCGCUUCAGAUCAGCACAAUGACUGCCAAACUGAAGGAGGCCGAGGCCCGGGCUGAGUUCGCCGAGAGGUCAGUGCAGAAGCUUCAGAAGGAAGUGGACAGACUGGAAGACGAGCUUGUCCAGGAGAAGGAGAAGUACAAGGCCAUCUCGGACGAGCUGGAUCAGACCUUCUCCGAACUCACUGGCUACUAAGCUCCACGCAAAGGGACUGGCGCCACCGUUGUUUCUACCGCUGCUCUGCCAACGUUUCACUCUCACUUCGUCGUUGUCGUUGGGGGGUUAGGCUAGGACAGCAGGGGGACACAAAAAGAAUGCCUUUUAUCCAAUCAGAGAUCGGGAGACGGGGAGAGGGGCCUGUUGUAACCCGCCGCCUUGUCCACCCGAAUUGGCCCAAGACAGUUGCCGCUGUGUUUUCCAGCGGCCG